AGAGAUAAGGAAGAGGAAGAAGAAGGAGAUGAAGAAGAUGAUUAGAAUCCGUGUGCGCGUUCGUGUGUGAUUGUUUUUUUUGUGCGUGUGCGUAUUUGUGUGUGUGUGUGUGUGUGUGUGUUUGGAGUGUGUGUACGUGGAUAGUGUGUGUGUACGUGUGUGGGCGUGUGUGUAAGUGCAGAAAAAUAAGGAUGUAGAAAAAGAUAAAAGAAAGAAAGAGAAGAGAAGAGAAAGUAACUGACAGGAGUGAUUAGUAUGACUUAGAACCAAAGAAGAACGAAAGAAGGAAGAGAAAAAAAGAUAAAGGAGAUAAAAGGUGACAUGGAGAAGUAACAGAAAGAAAGAACGGGAAAAAAGGAAAAAAGAAAAGGAAAGAAAAAAAGAAAAAAGGGGAUAAGAAAAAGUAACAAAACCAAAGAAAUAACAAAGAAAAAGGAAAACGAAAAAGAAAGAAAAGAUAAAAUACUGACAUGAAAUAGGAACAAAAAACAACGAAAAAACAAAAAUAAAAGAAAGAUAUAGAAAAAGAUAAAAAAGUGACCGAAAAGAAACUAUGAUAAAGAAAAUGAGACACAAAGCUUAAGAAGAAGAAAAAAGAGAGAGGAAGGAAGGAAGGAAGGAAGGAGACUAGCACAAGAAGACUAACAGUGAAAAGGCGAGACCCCAGUUCGAAUCCCGCCGCAGGACACACUACCCAUGGAGCCGAGAGAGUUUAAAUGUCUGAUACAGGGUGCCGUGUGGUGGUGGCUGGCGGCCCUGGUCCUCGGCACCACCCUGCAGAGCACCCCGAACAACGCCACCCUGGAGGACGUAACGGAAGCGACGCAGGAGGUGCGGAGCGACCCCGGCGAGGGAGCCGUGGCGACGCUGUGCCCGGCCUCGUGCUUCUGUGAGGAGGAGGCCGAGUACGCCACCUGCGUGGGUGACGGGCAGUGGGCGCCGCCGACGCUGCCGCCGGGCCUGAGCCGCGUGGAGCUGCGCGGCUUUCUGGUGCCGGAGCUGGAGGCCGAGCUGCUGCGCCGCCUGCCGGGCCUGCGCGAACUGCAGCUGAACCAGUGCAACAUAUCCAGGCUGGGCGACGACGCCUUCGCCGUGUUGCCGGACCUGGACAGACUCGACCUGUCGGAGAACAGGCUGGCGGAGCUGGGCCCGGCCUCGCUGCGCGGCUUGCGGGCGCUGCACCACCUGGACCUGUCCGCCAACCAACUGGCCAACCUGACGCAGGCCUUCACGCACCUGCCCGCCCUGCAGCACCUCAACCUGCGGGACAACCGGCUCACCAGCCUGGCCAAGGACACCUUCCAGGGCCUCGACCGCGUCCAGCACGUCAACUUGGACUCAAACCGGAUCGUGUCGGUGGAGGUCGCGGCCUUCCAGCACCUGACCAGCCUGGCCGUGCUGGUGCUGUCCAACAACCCCCUCGCCACCCUCUCCACGCUGGACUUCUUCGGCUCGCGCCUGCAGUACAUCGAUGUGUCCAACAUCGGCAUCACGCGCGUGCCGCAGGCGCUGACGCAGUUCGUGCGGGACCUGCGCCUCGCCAAAAACUCCAUCACGGAGAUCCACCGCGGCGACCUCGACUCCUACCCCAACCUCGGCCUGCUGGUGCUGGACGACAACGGCCUCGAGCUGUUGGAGGAGGACGCGCUGGGGCGCCACGAGUGCCUGGGCUGCCUCUGGCUCAACGGGAACAACCUCAAGAACAUCCCCCUGUCCCUGCCACCCGCCCUCAAGUCCCUCUACGUGGAGGAGAACCAGAUCACGGAGCUCCGCGAGGGAGACUUCACGAGCCUGGUCAACCUGGAGCAGCUCUUGCUACAGCGGAACCAGAUCGCCAGCAUCGCCCCCAACGCCUUCCACGAGCUGACGAGCCUCAAGACCCUCGACCUGCAGGCCAACCAGCUCACCAACCUGACGGGCCGUAUCUUCGCCAGCCUGGUGAGCCUCGACACGCUGGACCUUUCCCAGAAUCCAAUUCUCACGCUGGGCGCCGACGUGCUGACGGGCCUCACCAGCGUCAAGGUGCUGCAGAUGUCCCGCAUACACUCGGCGGCCGUGGCCAUGCCGGAGGUGCUCUUCGACCCUCUCAAGAGCCUGCAGAUCCUGGAGAUGUACGGGUCGCCGGUGCUGGUGGGGCGCCUGGUUAAUACGACGCGGAUGCUGCACUCCCUGCGUGGCGUGCGGGAGCUCAACAUCAUGCACAACGACCUCACGGCGCUGCGGCCAGACUUCCCGGCCUUCUUCCCCAAGCUGCAGGUACGUGACUCAACCCUCCUACACCCCACACGGUCUGAUCAUGAGCUAGACUCGUGAUCGCCAGUAAGUACCAUCCCAGUGAAAGCAUUUGCA